UUGCCUUCGACAUCGAUCAUUGCCUCAUUCUCCACAUUUUGAUUUAGAGAGAGAGAGAGAGAGAGAGAGAGAGAGGGUGUUGAUAUGGCGGAGAGAGUAGUAGAGGAGGUGAGCAACAAGCAGGUGAUUCUGAGGGACUACGUGAGUGGUUUCCCCAAAGAGUCAGAUUUCGAGUUCAAGACCAGUAAGAUUCGACUGGAAGCAGCACAAGGUUCGAAAUCGGUUGUGGUGAAGAAUCUCUACUUGUCUUGCGACCCCUACAUGCGUGCCUGCAUGAGGAACCUGACAGGCACCUACGUUCCCUCAUUCACUCCUGGUUCGCCUAUAAUUGGUUAUGGAGUGGCUAGAGUGAUUGAUUCAGGACAUCCAAAUUUCAAGAAAGGUGACUUAGUUUGGGGUAUGACUGGAUGGGAAGAGUAUAGUCUCAUUACAGAACCAGAGACACUCUUUAAAAUUGAAGACACAGAUGUGCCUCUUUCUUAUUAUACUGGAAUCCUUGGUAUGCCUGGUAUGACAGCCUACGGUGGCUUUUAUGAGGUAGGCUCUCCUAAGGAAGGAGAGUAUGUAUUCGUUUCAGCUGCAUCUGGAGCUAUUGGUCAGCUUGUCGGCCAGUUUGCAAAGUUAAAGAAUUGUUAUGUUGUUGGAAGUGCUGGAUCCAAAGAAAAGGUUGAUCUGCUGAAGAACAAAUUCGGAUUCGAUGAAGCUUUCAACUAUAAAGAAGAACAAGACUUGGAUAAAGCUCUCAAAAGGUGCUUACCUGAAGGAAUCGAUAUCUACUUUGAGAAUGUUGGAGGAAAGAUGCUUGAUGCGGUACUUCUGAACAUGAGACUCCACGGUCGCAUUCCAGGGUGCGGGAUGAUCUCACAGUACAACCUUGAAGAGACUGAAGGUGUACACAAUAUGUUCUACCUCAUCACAAAACGAGUUCGAAUGGAAGGAUUCAUGGUUUUCGAUUACUAUCCCAUGUACCCAAAGUAUCUUGACAUGGUCCUGCCCCUCAUCCGAGAAAGAAAAAUUACGUACGUGGAAGACAUAGCAGAAGGCCUAGAGAAUGCACCAAAGGCUCUUAUUGGGCUUUUCUCUGGUCACAAUAUUGGGAAACAGGUGGUGUUGGUUGCUCGUGAGUGAGUGAAAGUCACCUCGCAUUUUCUGGAUGUAAAUUUCUUAGAUACCUUUUUUUGUUUUUGGUGCUUCGGAAAACUAUGGCCGGUGUACUUUUGACUUGAGCAGUGCUAAGAAGAGUUUCUUGCUGGGAUGCGUUGAAGUGUAUUUUGGCUUUGAUGAAUAAAUUGUGAACUGAAAAGUAUCUUAUGUUUCUUACAACUUCUAAUUUCCAAA